AGCAGUCCACCUAAGACUUCUCUCCAUAUAUGUUCUCUAUUGCACUUUCUUCCCGAUUCAUCUCUGUCUCUAACCAUCAGCUAUGAAUUGGUGGCUUCAAAUAUUGGCCACCAUAACUAUAAGCCUGCUAUUAUCAUCCCCAUCUUCUUCCCAUCCUCUCUCUCAAGAUUUUUCCUCAAUCCCUGAACCUCCUUUUGAUCCCUCUAAUACAUGGGGAGGUUUCUCUCAAUUCCAAGAUGCUCCCCUAGGUUCCAACAUAACUGGCAUGGUGGAAUUGAAGAAGUACUUUCAGCGAUUCGGGUACCUUCUAAACCCUCCGAAUUCAUCGGAAACCCUGACCGAUUGCUUCGAUGAGGAGUUCGAGUCGGCUGUUCGGACGUAUCAGGCCAGGCUCAGUCUAUCGGUCACGGGACGGCUCGACCCCGAUACCCUGGCCCAAGUCAUGACCCCUAGGUGUGGCAUGCCUGACAAAGGCCUUGGUGGCCCCUUCCAUGAAGUUGGACACUAUGCCUUUUUUCCUGGGGUGCCCAAGUGGCCUAGAGGGAAGAAAGCCCUAACUUAUGGGAUCUCACCCACCAACAUGGUGAACUAUUUGGACAUGGAAGAUGUUAGGAUGGCCCUUUCUAGGGCUUUUGAUAGGUGGUCCAACGUGAUCCCACUAAAUUUUACUGAAACACAGGACUACUAUGGAGCUGACAUAAAAAUAGGGUUUUUUAGUGGGGAUCAUGGGGAUGGUCAGCCCUUCGAUGGGGUUCUAGGCAUAUUGGCCCAUGCCUUCUCUCCAAGCAAUGGGAAUUUUCACUUGGAUGCAUCAGAGACUUGGUCCACUGAUUUUGGGGUGCAAAAGUCUAGGGUUGCCAUUGAUUUGGAGUCAGUGGCCACACAUGAGAUAGGACACUUGCUAGGUCUAGGGCACUCUAAAGAGAAAGAGGCAAUUAUGUAUCCUAGUCUCUCACCCAGGACUAAAAAGAUGGAAUUGAGGUCUGAUGAUAUUAUUGGGGUGCAAUCCCUUUAUGGGUCUAACCCUAAUUUUGACCCUAACUUAUUGACACAAUCUGAUUUGUUAUCAAACCUUGGGGGUGAGGGAAUUAGGGGAACAUGGAGUGUGUUGCUUGUGCUAGGGUUGGGGUUUCUCAUUUGUUGCUUGUGAUUGUUAACUUUCUUCCCUCUUUUGUAAUUCUUUGCUUUUGGGGGAGGGAGAGUCAUUGAUUCUUGAUGUACUAUACAUUCUUUACUGUAUAUUAUAUGAA